AGGCCCCGGCGGCCGGGGCCGUGCUGGGCUCGGUUGUCUGAAGCGGGCAGGAGCGGGGCUGAUGCUCUGUCACAACGUGGCGGUGACCCCCCCGCCUCCCCGGAGCGGCACUGACCCUUGUGACGGCCAGAACAAGCGGCUGUCCGGGGCGGUUCUUGUUUCACCGGUCUGCUUUGGGGAACGCGUGUGUUUUACCCUGUGGAGAGCGCGGCUUGGGAUCUGUGCGUUAUGGUUAUGUAGAAGAGCAGAUUUAAUGUGAAGAUGGGACUCUUGGUGUUUAUGCGUAACCUGCUGCUAGCCCUCUGCCUCUUUCUGGUACUGGGAUUUCUGUACUAUUCUGCUUGGAAGUUGCACCUUCUCAGAUGGGAGGAUUCAAAUUCAGUGGUUCUUUCCUUUGACUCCGUUGGACAUACAAUAGGCUCAGGAAGGAGAGAGAGAAAAACUGUGGCUAUUGUGCUUCCGCUGUCCAUCCCAUCUCACCUUGCUCCAGACCCAGGAAAAGACAGAGCCCAGAAAGAACCCACAGAAACCAUGGCAGCUCCAGGUCCAGCCAUUCCCAAAUAUGACAAACUGGGCUUUCUCCUGAAUCUGGACUCAAAAUUGCCUCCAGAACUGGCAUCAAAGUAUGCCAAUUUCUCUGAGGGAGUGUGCAAGCCUGGCUAUGCAUCAGCGCUCAUGACUGUCAUCUUCCCAAAGUUCUCGAAGCCGGCACCAAUGUUCUUGGAUGAUUCCUUCAGGAAAUGGGCACGUAUCAGGGACUUUGUACCCCCCUUUGGAAUUAAAGGACAAGAUAAUCUGAUCAAAGCCAUCCUGUCAGCAACCAAAGAUUAUCGUCUAACUCCAGCUCUUGACAGUCUCAGCUGCCGGCGAUGUAUUAUUGUGGGAAAUGGUGGAGUACUUGCAAAUAAGUCAUUAGGGUUAAAAAUUGAUGACUACGAUGUUGUCGUCAGGCUGAACUCGGCUCCGGUGAAGGGCUUUGAAAAAGAUGUGGGUGGCAAGACAACACUCCGGAUCACAUAUCCUGAAGGUGCAAUCCAGAAAAUGGAGCAGUAUGAGAAGGAUUCCCUGUUUGUUCUGGCAGGAUUCAAAUGGCAGGAUUUCAAGUGGCUGAAAUACAUUGUUUACAAGGAGAAAGUGAGUGCCUCUGAUGGCUUUUGGAAGUCAGUGGCAACCCGCGUCCCAAGGGAACCUCAUGAGAUACGUAUCCUGAAUCCCUACUUCAUCCAGGAGGCAGCUUUCAGCUUCAUUGGACUGCCUUUCAACAACGGCCUGAUGGGCAGAGGGAACAUCCCCACCUUGGGAAGCGUAGCAAUAACCAUGGCGCUGCACAACUGUGAUGAGGUGGCGGUAGCUGGGUUUGGCUAUGACAUGAGUUCACCCAAUGCACCGCUGCACUACUAUGAGAACAUCAAGAUGUCUGCCAUCAAAGAGUCCUGGACGCACAACAUCCAGCGGGAGAAGGAAUUUCUGAGAAAGCUGGUGAAAGCCCGAGUCAUCACUGACCUAACCAGUGGGAUUUGAGUGGCUGCAGCCACAGCGUCCAAGGGAGGAGAUGAAGACACGCUGCAACUCUGGGAGCAGGCACUGGCAGCCCCCUGCAAGAAUCCCACCUCACUGAAGAUACACAGAGAUGCCCAGGUGCUCUGGGAGGACCCUCUUGCCAGUCUGUACGAGGGUUACAUCUCCCACCUCCAGGCCUAGCUAGACCUGGCAGGAGGUGGGCAAGGGGCUGAGUGGACAGUUCUUGAACUUUGCAUCGCAGACAGAUCUUCUGCAUCCUGAAUUAGACAGGAAAGACUCAGGAGAGAGAAGGUUUGUGAAUAAAAUUAUUAGUGCCAAAUGGGAGGUGAUGCUGCCCCAAGGCAGCAAAGCCUGAAUGUACAAAGUAUUAUUUUUUAAAAGACUCUUCUGGAACCAUACUAGAAAUACCAAGGUACAAGGCAAAGUCUGCUUGUGCACAGCCCUGCGAAAAACCUGGCCUCUUUAUGCUCUAUCUGCGUUGUCACCGGCCUCGGACCUUUCCCCAGGAAAACAAAUCCAUCCAAAACUUCAGUGUCAUUGGUGCUGCUACAAUUCAAAGGGAGAAUAAUCGCUUCCUCUUAUUCUCCACUUGGAACUUCUGGAUGGAGAUGAGCAUGGGUUUGUUUUUCUGCAUUUUUCCUCCACUUCCUCCACAGAGGCAGCAACAGCAGCAGCCACUGUGUUUUUCAUGGCCAUUUGCUCUGCCUCUGCCCUGAACUCGAGGUGGAGCAGGGAGCCGGGGCUUUCUCCACCUCCAGUAGACCCUCCCCACCUUCCUGCCUGUCACGAUGCAGAGGAGCCUGCCCCGUUGUGCUCAAGGCUUUCAGGUCUCUUGGUUUGUGCCUGCGGUGCAGGGCCUCCAUGGAGUCCGUGCAGACUGGUGUCACUGUUUCUGGACAGCAUCUCGCUUUGGUUUUGUGUGGGAGGGGAGUAAUUUAUUCUUUGGAAGGAGGUCAGAUUUUGAGCAGAGAUCUCAAGCUUUACAGUUUGAGAGCAGACUGCUGAAGACGUUUGUUUUACGUUCCAGACUCGAUCAUGUUCCCUAUUUAAGCGACGUGUGACCUCAGUGGUGAUGGAACCUGAUGGGAACUCUCACCCUCUGCUCGGCCCCUGCUCACUCCAUUUCCAAGCUCCUCCUGUGCUGCUCUAGCACUGCUGCUCCUCCUGCUCUCAGGAGCACGUCCUCCCUUUGCCGUCCCAAGAUGCACUAUUUGCACAUUUGAUUUGUAUACGUGUUUCAGAGGAGCUGGAAUAAACUGAUCAACGUGGCCAAGUGCGAGGGCAGCGGGGUGGUCCCGUGCACCUGAAGAGCAUGGGCAGAAGGGAGAGUGCCAGGGGAACGAACGGUUACACGUGGAAAGUGGCUCCUGUGCUCUGCUAGCCUGGAGCAGUACUGUCCCAGUCAGGGGUGUCAAGGCACUGGCACACAGCCAGCCGGUGCUGGGGUCAGUGGAGGGGGAUCCCAGAGGGGUGUGGGUUGGGCUCAUGGUCCUGGCACUGUGUCUGACAUAGUCCCAGGAUUGCAGUCUGCCUCACUCUGGACUGAAGGGAGCAUGACCCUGGCAUGGGCAAGGAAUGCUCAGAGCAAGGCUCGUGUGGCUCCUCUAGACCAACUCUGCACCCACGGACUUGCAGGGACUGUGGCUUUGGACCUGAGACCCUCAGGGGGGUGUGCAGGAGGGGCAGGCAGUGGGGCAGACAAGCAAACUGUACAGAAUGGUUUGAAACCAGGCUGCAGACAGAGGCAGCUCCCAGGACACAACACUAAGUGCUGCUUACAGACCAGUGUGGGAUUCAUCCCUCGGGAGCCUCUCCUGCCUGCUGUGCCUGUAGCCAAGGAGCUUGCUCAGGGGCAAGUCCUGCCCAGCUUCUUGUUGUGGCUGCUGUUUCCCUUGUCAUCUGGGAGCAGCUCAAAGAUCCUGCUGCUUCUGGGCUGCAGAAGGCAUGCUGAGAGGCUCUCCUUCCCUUUACCCUUCCCAUGUCCCACCCCCACUGCUCUGGCCUCCCAGCCAGGCAGUCCCUGUUCCCUCAGGGACAUGCCUCCUGUCAGGAUGUUCUGUGAGGUUUCCAGCAGGUUUUGGAGCAUAUGCUAUGGCAGAAACUCCUCUGAAGUAUCUCCCAGUUUAUUUUUUGUUCUCGAGGAGUCUGUGGGACUGGAUUUCCAGGGCUCUCAGCAGGCAGCACUCCCUUUGCAGUUCCUGGGUGUCGGCCUGGACUUGGGACCAUCUGCUGAGUCCCAGCCACGCUGGCAGUGGGAAUGCUUGGUCUGGAUCUGGCUGAGGUUGUGGCUGGGGAAGGGUUGGCACCAACUCUCUGUCUUGAUGCUUUAACCAGCUGCCAUGAAAGCCCUAGGGCUGUAUCCAUGGGCUGCAGUCAGCUGAGAUGGAAGAGUGGGCAGCUGCAUCCAGAAGGAGGAGGGAAGAGCCUUUGGUGUCUGUGCUGGGCCCCUCUCCACCCGCUGGGGGAAGGACCCCCACAGAGGAUUGUGAUGGCAUUAAUUUGAUUAAGACUGGUUUAUUGAACACUACAAAGCUACAGGGCACUUUUAUCUUCCAACUCACUGGCUCCAGGUCCAAGGACACAGCAUGGCCACCUCUCAGCCUUCCCUGUCAUCCCAGCUGUCCACCACUGCCAUGAACAAGUCCUGAUGGGAAGUUGACCCUACAGACCAGGGAGAUGACACCAAGCCCUUCCCUCCACCUUGAGAGGGGUCUCCAGGCAAAAGAGUCCAAGUUGAAUAGUUGGGUGCAUGGCCCAGAGUGACUGUGGUGGGUCAGGACCACCUGCAUGUAGAAGGAAAGAGUGUUUAGGGACCAAGACUCUCCUCUAGCUCACUGUCACCACAGAGCAGCCCAUGGCCGGGUGGUGGAGCUCCAGCUCCAGGAGCAGUGCACAGCCCUGGGUUUUGCUCCUGGGUGCCGUUCUUUUGGCUGCCUCCCCACCAGGUGCACCUGCAGCCACCUCCUGCCCUUGAAAUGCUGCAGUCCCGGCAGCUCGGAGCGGUGCACACGGGUCAGAGCAGGGUCAGUGGGACGGAUGUGAGUCUUGGCCUCUCCCUCACAGUGACUCACCUUGUCAGAUUGGAAGGGAGAGCCCAGGGGAAUUCUCCACAGCCUAAAUAUAGAGCGGGGUUGCCUGGUGCCCUGAUGCGCUGCGGUGCAGAAAGGCCACUCAGGUGGCAGGAACCUGCCUGGAGAUGGCCCAGGGAAACACAGGGAGAUCAGAGGCCAGUGACCACAGUGAGUUUUGCUCCAACUGGUGCAGAGAGCAGGUCUGGGGGGCUGCAGAGCAGCCUGCACGUGCUGCUCUGGAGCACAGGAGCUGCCAGAGAGCUGCUGCUGCUGUGCUGUCCACACCAUGGGCUGCUUGUGCAUUUGUAGCAGUGCCCACCGCACUGGCACUGGGCUCCCACCAGCAGCUCACCCUGUUAGGCCUGGCCGUGCUGUGGCCAUGCUCAAGCUCACACGUGCCAAAUGUAAGCACCAUGGCCAGGUAGCAUGAGGCAGCGGUGGAAUCCAGCCCAGCAUUCCUCAACCCAGCAUCUCUGGGCUUCCAGUGUCUGCUUCCUUGGAGGGAGACGUGGAGAGGCCCUGCCCAGCCAUGCUGUGCUACCCCUCGGUGUGAGUGCUGCUGGCGGUGGGGGAAGGUGGCAGGAGGGGGGCAUAUGUGUCAAAUGGGGGCAGUUGGGUUGGGCGUGGGCAGAACCGGGCACGGGCAAGGGCUUCCAGAGUGUUUGGCAGGGAGGCAGCCACCAGGCUGAGCUCCCCAGGCACCAGCACAGCGUGUGCUCUCGGUCUGAGCGUGUGUCACUCGCAGUAUUGAGACGUGUCCUUCAGUGCAGGAGCCCCUUUGGGGCCGCUGCCCAGCCCCUCUGGGCUCUGGCUCCUUGCACAGCCUGCACAGGGUCUCGGAAAGGCCAGUGCAUUCGCUGGUACUGUACCAAGCCAAGAUGCAAGAACUCAAUGAGUUUUUAAAAUUAGUUUUAGUUUCUGCAUUUUUUUUUUUUUUUUUUAAUUUCCCCUGUAGGCAGGGAGGGUAAGAGUCUUGCAGGCUCCUCCAAGCCGGCUUAUGUCACAUCAAUUCUGUCAUAUCAAAGAAGCAAUAAAGCUAUCAAACAA